AUGAACGCAGCAGUGGAUUUAGGUAUUAACUUGCUGAUCUUUGUGACCCUGGCGGUCCUUGCUUUGGUGCUUCGCAGGGAGGAUAUCAAGCGGAAAGGUCGCCUCACUGGGCCUGUUUCUGCCUCGGCUUCUUGGCCGCGGCUCUCCUUGUCCUCUGGCUCCACCUGCACUCAGGGCCUCCGGGAUCUCCACCUGCUGCUUUUGGGCAGCGCUUCGACCGGGUUCCGACCCCUUCAUUGCGCCUCUCGGCGUAUUUGCAUGAGCGCUCAGGCCGCUCUCCACAUCUUGAUUGAGGCUGUACGAGCAUCCGCUCGCGCUCUACGGGGCCUAGCUGACAAUCUUGAGAGGGCUGCUGCCGCAGCAGAGAGGGGGCCGUCCGCUGGAUCUGACAGGGUCACUGAGGUCUCCACCGACACUAUCGAUUGGGACCUGGUCACUGAGGCAUUGGAGGCGGAAAGAGAUCAGCGCACCGGUGCCCCGUGCACCAACUUCUCGAGCUAUCACGACGUCGAGAAGAGCAUUCCCCCCUUGCCUGAUCACUGUGUGGAUCUUUGUGGCCGUCUGGGUGGCACCAUUGAGGACGUCAAGUCCCGAGCUACUCGAGCUUGGAUUGCCGGUUGUUGGGCCAAGGCCACAUUGGAGGGAAAGAUCCCAAAGCCUCGACCUACCCCAAAGAUUGCACUGCAGGCCACCACCUACAUCAUCCUCAAGGGUCCAGGCCGAGCAGUAGAGAUGGCGACAGGUGGCCCGAUUCAGUUUUUGGACCAAGGAGUUCUCCAGACCUAUGUGAUGGGCUUGGACCUCACUGCAUGGGAUGGGGAGUGGUCGGAGAGUUUUGCAAUCCCAGUUUUGAGCCGGCAGUCGGGGGUUCUGAUUGCAGUACCAGAGGGAGCUUUUUCUCCGGAGGUUCUCCAGGCUGGAGCUUUUGCAGCGAUGGACGACCUUGUAGGCCCGUCGACGAGGGUGACACUGCCUGCUGUCUUCGAGGAGUUGGACGGGACAGAAACACCCCACACAGAAGAUAUUCCAGUUGUUUUGAUAGACUUCCACAAGAACAUCUUGGAGAGCAUUCGAGGCUUCGACCCAGUCACAGAAGGACCCGGCAUCCGUUGUUUCUCGCCACCACACAUGGAAAUUUUGCCAGAGUCCAAUUCCCUACUUCUUGCGGCUUACGCCUAUGUGGAAGGGGGUACAGAGGGAAGGACUCAAUUCUAUUCGGCAGAAGAGACACAAAUUCCCCCCCUGCCUGUGACCCCGGCACCAAAGGCCUCCUCGAGGCAGCCCAAGGCGAAGGCCUCCCCUGGUGGGGCUUCCACUCCCAAGAGGGUUACUACGGCAACGCUAGGCGAGCAGUUAGCAGAGAUCUCCAAGGUGCUCCCUGCUAUGUCCUCCCAGCUGGAGGCUAUGACCCAGCGCCAAGACAGGGUGGAACGCCUGAUGAGCUCUGUCCAGACCACUGGCCGAUGCAAACCCAGAGCCCCGGAAGACCGUGGAAUUCACGAAUGUGGACGAACCUCUCGCCCUGCCCUAGAUCCAGACUACCCCGGAGGAGAACAGAGCAUUCCAGCUCUUCCACAACCAGAGGCGCUCUCUGCGGCUCUGUUCCAGCACUCUCAGGCUUUGACGACUCUUGUGGCUCACUUAGCGGGUCAGGAUGGCAUGGAAUUUGGCGCGACAGCAACAGGCUCAGCCCUCAGUUUGAAGGGUUCGCUGAAGCGGGACAAGCUGCUCAGGGACCUGGCAGAGAGGCGAGGGAACUUUUUCCUCAAGGUGUCACAAAAUGCCUUCCGGCGCCUCAGGUCCUCAGAGCUCGUCCCUCAGGAGAUCUCUGCCCUUGGAGGACGUGCCCUUUUCUCGAAGUACAUGGAAAGAAGCGGUGGCUAUUCUGGUCAGAGAGACCUGGGCCUCACUAUGUGGCUGCUCAGCCAGAUGGCGGAUGCAUUCCUGAACGAAGAUGCAACCGGGGCCCAAGAACUGCUAGCACUGACUAUGGUGACUUUGGAGCAGGUGGCUCAGGACUCUGGAAAGUGGGAAGUAGGGUGGAUCUUGUCACUGCAGGAGGAUCCUCCUCCGGGUGUCUUCCAAGCAAGGCCCACCACGACGAAUCCCAGGCUCCGAGCCUUUGCCCCUCUUUGUCCGCCGGAGUGGGCCACCACGGCGUUGUCCUAUGUCAAGGAGGUCGACCUGAUAAACUCCAGGAGACAAGAAGCCCUGCCAGGAAAGAAGAACCAGCUUGGGAAGGAACAGGACGACCAGGCCCGUCUGGAGAGCCCCUUUGCUGCGCUCUUCUACCUCAGAACGGUCCAGAACCUCCUUUGCGACGUUCUUGCGGACUACCUUCUGCAUCACAAGACUGCAUCCUUGCAGUUCUUCAAAAGCCUUGUUCCCGUUGCCGGAACUACGUUGAAGCCCGACUUCCUGGUGUCUCUGCUUGCUUGCCUUCAGCCCAGUGCCUCCUUGACCUUGAGGAAGAAGAAAGCUGCCCACAAGAUGCCCUCCGCUUUCCAGGCAUGCUUUGCUAGCAUACCUCAAGGAGACCACCUUGGAGUAGAGAUUGCCACAGAAAGCCAUCGAAACUACCUCAUCUCCAAAGGCCUCCUCCAGGAAGAGGAAGAGGUUAGAUCCGGCCUCCCUUACCUUGGCCAAAAAGUUGCUUCUGGCCUCGUCAUCGAUGACUUCUUUUCCAUCUCCGUCGAGGAUGCCGCAAAUGGAAGAUGGCCUGAUGAAAAGUCUGAGUGGAUAGACACUGCUCAGGCACCUCAGGGAAUCAAGCAAAUCCUCCUGGCAAGAAAGGCCUAUGCUGACGCGGGCCUUGAAGGAUCUCCUCUCAAGGACCUAGUCGAUGAAGAGAAAGGCAAGAUCAUUGGGGCCGAGGUUGACUCGUCAUCACUGACCAGGUCUCUGGGGCUAGUUCUGGUCGCGGCUCCAGUCCGAAAGCGCCUCGCCUUGUCCUACAUCUCCUUGGAGCUGGCAGCAAAGGACACGACUUCCGAUGCGCUGCAUGCUUGCCUGAUUGGUGGAUGGGUGUCCGCUGCGAUGUACCGAAGGCCCUUCAUGUCGAUCCUUCAAAAGGCCUACAAGAUCCAGAUGUCUGAGGUUGACCAGGAGAGGCCAAAGACAGUGAACCUGCCAAGAUCAGUUGCAGAGGAGCUCACCCUGUUGGCGGUGCUCUGCCCACUGAUGCACAAGCACAUACAGAGCAAGUGGUCAAAGCCCUCAGCUGUUUACACCGAUGAGCUGGCUGCGGCCCUGGGACAGUCUUUCGACAAGGCCCUCACGAAGAAGAUCCGGGGGACCCAGUCCGUCGAGCCCAAGCUGAAAGGUCUUGAGAGCCCCCUUUGCAAUGACGUCCUACUGUCAGCCAAAUGGAAGGUCGACAAAGUGUGGUCUUGGAGAAGCCCCAAGCACAUAAACAUUCAAGAGGUCCUUGCAGCUGAGAGACUGAUGAAGGAACAGGCCGUCUCUUGGCCAAAGUCACGCUUCCCCGUUGUCAUGGAUUCAAACGUGGGCAUGUCUGCCCUAGUCAAGGGCAGAUCACCAUCAGAUGGCCUCCGACCCGCCCUGAGGAGGGCAGGGUCCACCAUCGUUGCAGGAGCUUUGUAUCCGGCCUACCAUUUUGGGCCCACCAGACUACUACCAGCCGACCAUCCUACCAGAGACAAUGAGUUCCCUCCUCCAUGCAGGAGCUGCCGGCCUCCUGAGGCGACGUGCACCGAGCUCUUACAGUUCUCAAAGGUUUCAAACCUGGCUCGAAAAGGGGCAAACUGGGUUCGCCUGGUUCUUCUCCUUUUGCAAGACCUGCCCCUGUGGAGCCAAAGUAAGGAUUCCUGGAGGUUUGCUCAUGUCAGUUACAAGCACUGCCCCUUCGGCGCCCGGGGGGCGGAUUUCAGCCAGAAGGAGUUUGACAGCGCUUGUGGCUAUCCCGGAGAAGGUCCUGCUGCUGGAGGCUCUCGAGUGCAGUUGAUGCGUUGCCUUGCUUCCGCCUUUCCCCUUGGAAUUCCAGCCCUGGUUAGACUUCUUGGGGCCCUUGCUGCCCUGGUUGGAAUUUUUGGGGCCUGCAUCAGCUUUGCCACUUUUGUCUUAACCUCUGCCUUGCCGAGGAAAGCUGUGCCUGUCCGUGUCCGUAGCCGUCCCCGGCCGCGCUCCUCUUCUCUGACCCUUUUCAGGCAAGCCAAGCUUCAGGCCCUCCUUUUGGCCAUCUUGUUCCUGGAACACCCAGGCCUUGUAGCCGGCGCGCCUCGCCAUGGACUGAAGCUGCAGCCCAGAGAUGCUGCCGACCGCGCACGACAAGAGACAAGAGGUCAGCUAGAACUGCCUGAUGGCAGACCGGUGCUGGGACAGACCCAGCGGCAGAGAGACAAAUUGAUUGGGGCCUUCGAAGAAUGGCUUCGCUCGCAGGGCAUCCUGCUGGAUGAGAUCCUCAUGGUGGGGGCUCCUGACGUCGAGGCCCUCAACCUUCUGCUGGAGAGGUACGGCCGUGAGCUGUAUCGAGCGGGACGACCGUACGGUCACUACAGUGAGACCGUCAAUGCAGUGUCGGCCAAACGGCCAAGGGUACGGAGACUGCUCCAGCCGGCUUGGGACCUGGCCUAUAGCUGGCUACGCCAAGAACCACCAGUACACCACCUUGCGCUCCCAUGGCAGGCGAUGCUCUCAUUCCUCACUACAUCGCUCUGCUGGGGUUGGUGCAGGGUCGCUGGCAUCAUCGCCCUAUCGUGGGGCGGGAUCACACGGAUCGGAGAAUCCGUAAAUGCCUUCAGACGAGAUCUGGUCCUCCCGUCUGAUGUCAACUACACGAUCGACUACGUGCUCCUUCAAAUAGCUGGGCCAAAGACCCGGUUCAGAUGUGCUCGCCACCAGAUGGCAAAGGUGGAUCAGCCUCAGUUGGUCAGGAUCAUCGUCACGGCCUUUGAGAACCUGCGACCUGACCAACGACUUUGGCCGGCAUCGGGAUCAACGAUCCGGAGCCGUUUCCAACGCCUGGUCCAGGCGAACUCCCUCGACCACCUCCGGACGAAGAAGGGCCUGGACCUUGGCUCGUUGAGAGCAGGAGGAGCGUCAUGGCUCCUGAUGACCUCCGACAACCCAGACAUGACAAGGCGCCGCGGGCGCUGGAUCAAUGCAAAGGUGAUGGAAGUGUACGUGCAGGAAGCUUGGGCAGUUCAGUUUCUGCCACAGCUUCCAAAGUCCAUCAAGGAGGGCAUCAUGGAAGGAGCUGGUUUGUUUCCGUGGGCCUUGGAGCUUGCGGAGAUUUGGAAGAGGGCGGCUGUCCCGGAGUCAGCAUGGCCCAUCCUUUAUCAGAAGGCGGCUCGAGACCUUGAGCAGCAAGAAAUGGGAAGGCAACACCUCGAGAAGGAAGAGGCGGGAGAUGGAGGGGCCGCUUUUGCCCAAUGUGGGCGUGUGCACCCUUUACUGGAUGCAGAAGAAAAGAAGUGCGACCAGCUUGAUGAGUUGACCUUUAACUCAGAAUGCCCUGUUCGCCGCUCAAGCUUCUCCCGCAAAGCCGCCCACCCGAGCCGCUUCUGA